UCUGAAUCACAGCGACCCCUCUUAAACCCCAGCUCCACCAGCAAGAAGAAAAUGGCUGCCACCGCCAUCACUAUCGACGGUGGCAACAGAAUCCAAACCUACGAGGAUUUUGUAAAAGUUCAUGCUGUAUUACUUGCAGCCUCUGGAAUCCCACAAUCACUUUACCCCAAACUCUUCGAUAAGCUCACAAAUGAGACUUUCGAUGGCGGCAACUAUUUCCAGAUUGAGCCAGUGGAGGAGGUUGAAGGCCGCCAGAGGAGGCUUGUGUUCACCUCGGAGUUUCUGGGCAAGGAGUCUAAUCUUUUUGUUGUCGACCAUGCUUGGACAUUUCGACUUUCUGAUGCUUAUAAGCAGUUGCAGGAGAUUCCCGGAUUGGCGGAAAGAAUGGCUGCAUUGAUGUGUGUGGAUAUUGAUUUGGAUGGAGAGGCUAAAAGCGGAGGUCUAGAUGAAAUCGAUACUACUCAACUGAGUGCUGUGGAUAUAGUGGAGAGAGAAUUAUGUGGAAUCAGAGAUGGCCGAGCUGAUGGUCUGAGGUGGUUGGAACUUGAGGAGCUUGACAUUGAUGAUGAUGUUCUUGUUUCUCUUGAUUUGCCUAGUAAAUUUCCUACAUUAAUUGCACUAAGCCUGUGUGACAACAAACUCGAGAACGUGGAAGUAGUUGCAAAAGAAAUUACCCAAUUCAAGCACCUCAGAGCCCUAUGGCUGAACAAUAAUCCAGUACUGGAGAGGGGAGACAGUUCUAUGGCUGAUACCAUUCUUCAAUGUUGCCCCGAACUGGAAAUUUAUAACUCACACUUUACUGCUAAUUAUGGUAAAUGGGCACUUGGAUUUUGUGGAGGAAUAUAUCACAAAGAAAAUCCUGGCCACAAUCUCCAAGGUGACUGUCCAUUCGAGAGUUUGACAUCUUUAGACCUUUCAAAUAGGAGCAUACACAAUCUCAUCAACAAGGCAUUUUCCCCUGCUGAAUUGCCAUGCCUUUCAUAUUUGAAUCUUCAUGGAAACCCAUUAGAUGAAAAUUCAGUUGGUGAUCUGCUGGACCUACUUGGAGUAUUCAGCAGCUUACAAGCCCUUGAUGUUGAUAUUCCAGGCCCACUUGGAGAUAGUGCUGUAGAAAUUCUCGAGUCCCUUCCUCAACUUUCUUUACUGAAUGGUGUUGAUGCAGCCAGAAUAUUGGAGUCCGAGAAAUCUGUGAUUGAUUCAAUGUUACAACCACGGCUUCCAGAGUGGACAGCUGGUGAACCCGUUUCUGACCGUGUUAUUAGUGCAAUGUGGCUAUUCUUAAUGACAUACAGACUUGCAGAUGAGGAAAAAGUAGAUGAAACUUCUGUAUGGUAUGUGAUGGAUGAACUAGGUUCAGCUUUGCGGCAUAGUGAUGAACCAAAUUUUAGUGUCUCUCCUUUUCUAUACAUGCCGGGGGGUGACCUAGCAUCAGCUGUGAGUUAUUCAAUUGUUUGGCCUAUUGCGAACAUAGAAAGAGGUGAUGAGUGCACUCGUGAUUUCCUUUUUGGCAUUGGAGAGGAAAAACAGCGGUCUGCUAGACUUACUGCAUGGUUCCAUACCCCUCAAAAUUAUUUUAUCAGAGAGUAUGAGAAACAGAGGCUGAAAUUGCAAUCAAAGAAGUUUCAUCCCCUGCCAGUUGUAUCUUCUACAACAAAAGCAUUGUACGGGAGUGAUGGAACUGCCUUGCGCGUUUACACAGAUAUACCUCAAGUGGAGGAAUUUUUGACCCGGCCUGAAUUCAUAAUCACAUCUGAGCCAAAGGAUGCAGAUAUUAUAUGGACAAGCAUGCAGGUGGACGAGGAAAUGAGGAAAGCUGUGGGCCUGAAUGAGCAGCAGUUCAUUAAUCAAUUUCCUUUUGAAGCUUGCCUUGUCAUGAAACAUCAUUUAGCAGAAACUAUUCAGAAGACUCAUGGAUCUCCUGAAUGGCUUCAGCCUACUUAUAAUCUUGAGACAGAGCUUACUCAACUCAUUGGCGAUUAUUGCAUCCAUGAAAGGGAAAGAUUGAACAAUUUAUGGAUAUUAAAGCCAUGGAAUAUGGCAAGAACGAUUGAUACUACUGUGACUGGAAAUUUAUCUGCAAUUAUCCGUCUGAUGGAGACAGGUCCAAAAGUAUGUCAGAAAUAUAUUGAGCAUCCUGCAUUGCUCAAUGGGAGGAAGUUUGAUAUUCGUUAUAUUGUUUUGGUGCGCAGCAUGAAUCCAUUGGAAAUUUUUCUUGCUGACACUUUCUGGGUUCGAUUGGCAAACAACACUUAUUCUCUGGACAAACAUAGUCUUUUUGAGUAUGAAACACACUUUACUGUUAUGAAUUACAGAGGAAGAUUGAAUCACAUGAAUACAUCAGAGUUCGUUAAGGAGUUUGAGAAGGAGCAUCAUGUUAACUGGAUGGAUAUUCAUUCACGAGUGUCAAGGAUGAUCAGAUCCAUUUUUGAAUCAGCAGCAGCAGUUCAUCCAGAAAUGCAGAGUCCAACAUCAAGGGCCAUUUAUGGGGUGGAUGUCAUGCUUGACCGCCAUUUCCAACCUAAAAUAUUGGAGGUGACGUACUGUCCUGACUGUACUAGGGCUUGCAAGUAUGAUACUGAACCAGUGAUCAGGGCAGGAGGAUUUGUUAAAGGCAGUGACUUUUUUAAUUAUGUGUUUGGCUGUCUUUUUCUAAAUGAAACUGCUCAUGUAUCCCCAUUGUAGUUGAGUUACGUGGAAAAUUCUUGUGGUAUAUAGACCACUGAGAAAUGAUGUCGUGUGUGUAUCUUCAUGCUCUCUUUUUGCCCGCUCCUAAGAGGCUUUUUGCUGAACCUCAUCAUGCUGGAGUUCGCAAAAGAGAUCUUGGUAGGUUAUACAAAUCUUGUACUUGAAAAUAGUAAUGUUUUAGCAUAUAUCUAACUUUUAUGGUUUAUAC